GCUCACUACAUCAUCAACAUAAAAACAAUUUUCAACAAGCCUAUUGAUUACACACUAGUGAGGCAAAUAAUAAUGUGGGUACAUUAUUAUACCCUGUCCAUUCCACCUCGGCAUUAGGUAGUGAAGAAAGUCUACGACAUCGUAUUAAACGGACAUAACAGAAGUCCAGUACAUCUCACGCAUAGGGUCGGCAGGACGAAAGAGAGAAAAGUCAGCAAUUUCAAAAAGGAAAAUCUAUGCUUUAAAUGAACACCUUGCUGAGCUCAACUGCUGGUGGAAAUUUCUUAGCUCCUUUUUUCUGUUUUCUCUUGGUUCCUGUUAACGCUACGAUGUUUUGUGGGGAAGGCGUUUCAGCUGCUGUUAUUUUCUGUGUGCGGAGUAGUUGCUUCCCUUGUGAAGUUGGACAAUCAGUUACGUCCCCUGAACAGCAACGGCAAGCUACCGAAGCUUUGAUUUCGACUUUGCAGUCCAUUGAAAAGUACUGCGAGAAUCUUACACAGUACAGAACUACUGUCGGUACGCAUGAAGGAUAUAUGACAGAAAGUUACUCAAGGUUUAGAAGAAUACUUAGGGAUACGACAAUGGGUGAAAGAGAUGAAGAUAUCCCUGAACGGUUUUUAAAGUCAGCAAUAGAUGGUGAUAAAGAUGACAAGAAUCAAGGAGAUCAGCGAAGGGCAGAACUUGAAAUGAAAAUCCGACACAGAGUGGCUUGUGAAGCUAAAGCAUUUGACAUUGUCAAUCGUCUAAUUGAGGAAACUGUGUCAGAGGAAUAUUUACAGAACUGUUGCCAGUUCAUAGAUGGAAGCCAUUAUGCAGACAUUGAGGAGGAGAGAGCCAUCACUCGUAUUUGUGGUUACCCUCUUUGCAACAAGAGGCUUGAACAAAUACCAAAGCAGAAAUAUCGGAUUUCAACGAAGUCUAACACAGUCUAUGACAUCAGUGAAAGAAAGAAUUUCUGCAGCAACCAAUGUUACAAGGCAUCAAAGCAUGUUGCAAAGCAAGUGCCAAGUAACCCUGUGUGGAAUCGAGAAAAUGACCCAAAACAAAAAAUUCAUUUCCUGGACAAAAACAACCGAGGUGCAGUGGGAGAGGAAGUAAUUGGCACACAUAUGCUUACAGUGAGAGAAGAGCUGAGAGCUCUAGAGAGACUUGAUCAACUGCAUAUUAGUGACACAAGCAGUGCAAAUGAAGAUGCAAGUAGUGUUGCCAGUAAAGCAUCAGAAAAUAAUCCUCAGAAAUUUUCUACACAAAAACAGCAAGGGGAAUCUAAAACAGAAUAUCUUAUGCACUUGAUGAGCAGCAAAAAAAAUCUGUUUUCCACAAUGGCAGAUGUUCAGUUUGCUAAUGACAUGUCUAAUCAAGCAGUUAUUUCACAUGACCAAACUCCAACAAUCAGCACUGUGCUUAAGGAGGAUGAAUCACAAAUUUCAAAUCCAGGCUCAGAACAGCUUGAAGGAAGUGCAUCACAGAAAACAGAUGAGAAAACUGUUGAUAUUGAAGACAGGGAUUCUAAACCAUUCUGUAUGGUCAGAAGCAAUGCAGCUUUGAAAUCCCAUAAAUCAACCACAUCAAUACUUGAUAGUGUUUGUGAAAUCAUCUCCCACUGGAUCACAGAAGAGACCUUGCUUUUGCUGGGUUUCUCUGCUAGAGAAGAUCCAGCUUCAGACAUGUUAGGUCAUGUGCAUGGUGACCCAGACAUACAGCCAAGCCACAAAAACUUAUGCCAGCGACUGGCUGGUCAAGAGAAGGACUUUGAGGAAUUUCUUGAAGGGGAGGGUGUAUCAGAGAAGGAUGCAGCAGAUUCUUUGAAGCCCAUUCCCAGCUUUGAGAAGGUUCAGAAAAAGUCUCAAGAAUACCAGCUGAAAGUCAGAGAGUUUUAUGGAAGUUCCCAACUGCUAAAGAUUAAAAGGAAAUCAGAUGAAGGUGACAGUUCCAAGAGCAGGGAGGCAGGGAUGAAGCCAGUUCAGCUUCCUGCCGUUGACUCUUACAAUCAGAUGCUUAUCCGGAGACGAAUUGUACUUGAAAAGCUUGACAGGGUAAUGCCUUCUCUUCUACCUCCUCUUGAUUUGGCAAUUCAAGAUGUUUCUAGUCUCCUACGUGAAAUGAUCUUCACUUUUAGUUUCACCAAUGAAAGCAUCAUUUUUAAACCUGCCGAAUGGAAUCUUGUAGGCAUGGUGUUGCUGAAGAUGCUUGCAAGAAAGUAUAGUGUGGUUGCAUCAUCAUUUGAGAAAUCAGCCCACAAGAUGACAUUUGACUUGGUUCUGACCAAGCUUGGCCAUUCAUUAGAUUCAUUGGACAAGCUUGUGACUGAAAUGUUGCUUUGCUGUCACAGACACUUUCAACAAAAUGUCUCUUGAAUUGAUAUGAGGCAUGCUUAUGCUUCAGAAGUGUUAAAGGAGUUCAUUAGGCUGUGUCUGCCAAAAAUACACAAACCUUUCCCAACUGAGAAUUGUUUCAUUUUUUUUAAUUUGUGGUGGAGGAGAGCUAUGACCAAAGCUGUUUAUGUGAUCUGCUUAACUCCCAGAUAAUAGAAAAUUAAAAUGAACCGGCCUAC